AUGAAUGUUGCGUUACACCUCAUCUAUGUUCCUACAAAAGCCAACCCGGCUGAUCUACCGUCGCGCCGUUUGUCAUACAUAGAUGCUCGUUUAACGGACAAGUUGUGGCAGGAUGUUCAGAGAGAGUUUGGUGGUCCUCGAGGACACUCGUGUGAUUUAAUGGCUCUUGAUUCCAAUGUCAUGCGUGAUAUGACAGGGCGGGCUCUGCCUCACUUUACGCCUUGGUCAUCGCCCGAGUCUGCAGGGGUGAAUAUGUUUGCUCAAGAUUUUUUCGUCCACCGUGCUAUUAUGCAAUUUCCAUAUGUUUUCCCUCCGACAUUAUUGGUUGGUCCUGUGUUGUCUUUCUUACGAAGUGUUCGACAGCCAUGCACGAUGGUUGUGUUAGAUGUGUAUCCCCGAAAGUAUUGGUGGCCAUUGUUGUUGUCUCGUUCUCGAAAGUCAUUACGAGUGGCCUUAAAGGAGAUUCUCGAGUUCUUCUUGUCCCAUCCCAGCAUGGUUGGAUUCCUCACCCUGGCAUUCCGGGGAAUUUGUGGGUUUUUGCGCUUAGCGUUUAACUGUUUCCGUCGAUGUUGUCUCGCAUUCUGCUGUAUUUAUGAACACUAUGCCUUGCCAGUGAUCAUUUACAUUUCGUUGAAGUUAAUACAGAGUUGUAAAUACAUUAAUAAAUUAAAUUAACAGAGAGACUAUUACAAAUAUAUCUCCCGUUUGUUUGCCAGUGUUUGUUUUAGUAGUUUUUUGUUUCUUUUAGGAACUUCCCAUUGUAGCAAAGCUAUUCGUUCCAUCAGUUAAAUGUCCACAGUGUGGGCAUGCUAAUGAUCACGAUUUUUGUUAUUGCCAAUGCUGUGGUUAUAUUCGGAAACUUCUUCAUAACCAGUCCAUUCAUCCAAAUAUUGUUGUUGAUCUUGUGUCGAUUGAUCGCAGGUUGCACCAGUUGGGCAAUUUUGAUAAAGCAACCAGCUACUCAAAGCAGAAAGAUUCUUUACAAAGACAACUUGAAGUAUUUUUAUCGGCUCUUCCGGGUCAUCGUUCUUUGCCUACCGUUUUGCCAAGCGACAUAUGUCGUUUUUUGGUUUAUAAAGAUAAAGAUGGUAAAACUCAGGUUUACCAACAUGGUUGUCAGUUCCUAGGUCAAAAGGGAAAACAGGCAUGUGGUUGUCCGAUUCGGCUUUCAUAUCAGACGGUGGACUCAUAUGUUGGUAAACUACGUUCAAUUUUUCAGGCGAAUGGUAGAGAUGGUGCAUGGGAUACACGUUUAGGUUUAGGUAAUCCUGCUGCGGAUAGAUCCGUUAAAGAUUAUCUCCGUCUAGUGACUGCCGAACAGUUACAAGCACGGAUUACGCCCCAGCAAGCUACCCCAUUUUUUGUUCACAAGUUAACUCAGUUGUCUUUGCAUCUUCAGCGGAAGUUGGAGUCUUCUAAAUCACAAAUCGAGCGUUUUCUAGUGGCUCGCGAUCAGGCCUAUUUCAAAAUGGCGUUUUUUAGUGGUGAUCGGCCUGGCGACCUUGGCCAGGUAAAAGUUCCAGAGAUCCUGCGCUUUCCCAAUGAUGAUGGCAUGCUUUUCAAUCAUAUUUGGGGCAAGACGCUGCGUGAUGGUGAUCAGAAUGUCUUUGGUGUACGUCGCAAUCCACAUACGACGAUUUGUCCAAUUCGUGGUAUUGAACAGUAUAUGGAUGUUGCUCGUCAAAUGAAGGUCGACCUCACUCGCGGGUAUCUCUUUCGACCGACGACCCCUAAAGGAGGCAGUCAGGAUUCUCCAUUUACGUCUUCUGCCGCAGAAGCUCGCUUGAAACUUUACUUGGGGCAAAUGGGGUCUGAUGAGGGAGAGACGUUGCAUGGUUUCAGAGCUGGUUGUGCUAUUACUCUUGCGCUUACUGGUGCCGAUUUGCCGGAAAUCAUCCAGCACGUGGGUUGGGCACGCCGUCAUACAGCUCUGCAUUAUAUGCAACUUGCUAAGGUCUUGCAUCCGGAGGGUGCUUCAGCUCGUUUAGCUUCUGGCAAUGCCGGAAAUGUGGUCAAUCCAUGGCAAGAUGUAAAUCACUUACAGCGAUUUGUGUCAGCGUUUCCUACGAACACCACUAACAUUUCCUAA